UCAGCGCCUCCGUGCAUCAGACGGUGUAGCAGGAGGCUGGGCGGCUGUCUGGACCCCCCCUGCAGGGUCGGGGAGAAGGAGGGAGCCCCCCAUAUACCCCACAGGAGAGAAGCUCCACUGCAUGGUCUGCUGGGGGCUGCCAUUCCCACCGCACUCAGCCCAGGACAAAGUCCUCUCUGUUCCUUCAUCAUGGAAGCUGCUCUGGGGACCUAAUUCUGCCCCCUUCUCAUUGUUUUUACGUUUUUUUAGCCCCUCUCCGGAAGAAAGGCACCCAGACCCAUCUAUGAUGCUGCCCAGACCCAUGACCUCUUUCACUCUCAAGCAAGACCCCCUGGAAGACAUGAACAGGAGCUCAAAGUCUCCGGAUAUCAGUAAUCGCUCAGCCCGCAACGCGGCCAUGAAGUUCCUGCCCGGGGAAACCUUGUGCGAAGAACCGAUAAGAGUGAAAAAGCGCCUCCUUUUUCAAGAUGGCUGCGCCAACGUGCCCGGCACGCUAUACUGCACCAACUACAGAAUAGCCUUCCGACCAGAGACCCCCCACCCCUCGCAAGAUCCGUCCAGCGAGGUGCUGUUCGACAAUGCCAACGACAUAGCCCUACCCUGCGUUGAAAGGUUCUUGGCCGUGGCCAGCCAGACCAAAGCAAAGGUAGUGACCGCCCAGUCGAACCUAAAGUUUAUCCCAGAAGAACUGCUUAUUUAUCACAGAGGAUUCCGGGUCGUCCACUUUCAAUUUAGUGACACCGGCCUACAGCCUCUGGCUUACAAGAUCACAAAAGCCAUGCUGGUGAGCCAACAGAAGAGCAGCUUGAAGAUGCAGUUUGGGAACAAGGUGUUCCAGAGCUUGGAUAACAGGCCGGCCCAUGCGUCCAUGGACUUCCCUACGCGUUUGUUUGAGUCGUCGGCCGACUGGGAGAAUGAAAUAGAGAGGUUGGGAGCCUCGGCCUGGAGAGUGAGCUCGGUCAAUGAGCGCUGCGACGCCUCUACCAGCCUUUCCAAAUACUUUGUGGUUCCAUGCAAGCUCCUGGACCAUGAUCUGAAGAAGACCUUUGGACACUUCAUCCAGAGGCGUGUUCCUAGAUGGUCUUGGCAUCACCCAGCGGGCAGUGACCUACUGAGGUCAGCCGGAUCCCAAACCAACACAGAUCCAAACAAGGACGAUGUGAGAUCUAUAAGGUCCCUGCUCUUUGCCAACCAUUCUCAAUGCGUGGUUGUCGACACAAGUGAGGACCUUCCUGGUGUUUCCGACAUCCAAAUGUCCUACGUUAAGCUGCGCGGCCUGUGUCUCGCUGAUCCUUCUCCGCAGGUGUCAGACGAGAAGUGGCUUUCUACUUUGGAAAGUACUCAUUGGCUGGACCAUGUAAGGUUAUGUCUAAAGAAGGCCUCUGAAGUCUCCAUUUUGCUUAGUGAAAAAAGAUUAUCGGUGGUCCUUCAAGAGCCUGAAGACCGUGAUAUGAACUGCGUGGUGACUUCAUUGGUCCAGGUGAUCUCGGACCCGCAUGCCCGUACCUUGUCUGGCUUCCAGAGUUUGGUGCAGAAGGAGUGGGUGUCAGCUGGUCAUCCCUUCCUGCAAAGAAUAAAUCCCUUCAAAUACACCGAUAAAGAAGAAUCUCCUGUGUUCUUGCUUUUUCUCGACUGCGUCUGGCAAGUGAUGCACCAGUUCCCGACAGCCUUUGAGUUGACGGAGAGCUACCUGAUCGCGCUGCAGGACAGCACCUACAACCUCUUCUGUAGUAGCUUCGCACACAACUGUCAGUGGGAUAGGAUCCGGGGGAGUCAGAGGCACUCAUUUACCCCGACGUACACCCCUGUGAACGGUUGGAGAGAUAUUGUGCGGGAGAAGAUAUUUCUCAACGGAGACUACAAGACGGCGGAAGAAAAAAAGACUGCUCCCCCAACCGUCUGGGACUGGCACCUCUUCUAUAAUCGCUUGCAUCGGCAGCAGUUCCGGAAUCCCACGUACCAAAUUCCAGAACGCGGCGUAUUGAACGGAAACGGUAUCUCACACAAUGCAGACAAGCUGGAAGCCCCCAACUCUAGCAAUGUAUUCCUGCUUUCCAAAGGAUUCCUUAUCCCGCAGUCUCCCUUAUUCCCGUGGAAAAGCGGCACGGUGUCCAAGCGUAGCAACCGUCGGGCCCAGUCAUUGGAAAACUUGUUGGAGGAGGACAGGCAGCUCCGAAGUAACAUUGACUCUUCCAGCGCCCCGACGGAUCUCCUGCUCCCUGUGUGCUUCGGACCUUUCAUUCGGCUCUGGAAAAGGUGCUAUUUGCGCUUUGAUCUAGAAAAGCAGAACAAGUUGGCACCUCCAGCGGAGACUCCCUUGGCCAAGGAGGUUACGUCUCUCCAGGAGAAACUAAGAAACCAUCCUUUACACACCAGACACGAUAUAAACGGGCUGUCCCCGUCAUCCUGCCGGUAACAGGACCAUACGAGACCUCUCCGUGCAUCUAGAAAAAGAAACACAAAAGUGGGACAGCUCAAUCGCACAGGCCAUGAAAUAUCUGUUAUCAGCGGGGCUGUGCGUGUCUUUGCUUGUGAUGGACCAUCGAAGAUGGUUCCGGGAGCUGGAGAAUAAGCCCCCAGGCAGAACGCUGUGAUUCAAAAAGAGUUGGGUGUCCCAUUGAGAUUCGGGGGGAAAACCCUUCUGCUUUUACCUACAUACAUAUGCUAUAUAGAACAAUGUAGAUAGUCAUCUGGAGAUCAGAGCUUUUAGGAGAACCAAGCCAAGCCCUUUUUGCUGCUUAUAGCUCUAUUUUUAUGGCUCGACACACAUAGUAUUAACGCAUCACGACCAUUGGCUCACCCAGAACAGGCAUUUAGCCCAAGGCUACCACACUUCACCUUGGGCUCGUCACACUUCAAUAUCUCAGUAGCAAUUUAUGUGGGGGGGUUCUGCACCACAAGGCAUCCCGGAACACUUUGCUUUCCCCCAAACGGUCAUCCGUCGUUAUAAAUAUCAUCAAAUGGAAAGUUUAACAAGAAGGAUCUCCAUCUUGGUUCUGUGCAUGGAAUGUGGUACUUGUUCCUAUUUAUAUAAAUAUUUAUUGAUGAAAAUGUUAUAUUUGCAACGAGAAAGUGAGUCGGUUUAUUGAAUCGCGCCGUUCAGUUGGUGAUAGGCGGCCAUUUUGAGAUAAUAGAACUCUCGUUACUUAAGUCAAAACAACCAAACAAAAUGGCCGCUCUCACGACAAAUGAUUUACAAAGAAAGCUGAAUCAUUGGAGCCUGACAAAGAAAAUGAUACUUAGCGUUACAUAUGAUUAAAGCCUAAUUGGGGCGAGGGAUACAUGCCCCUUAGAUUGAUUAUAAUGCUUAUUAGAGCAUUUAAACACUGUUUAUCUGUUCCCGAUCGCGAGAUUAUUGCACUAGAAUUCCUGUAUUAAAAAGGACUAAUAACCUGCGGCUGCUGAAGCGCACCUAAUCUUAUUUUUAAAGAAUUUUUCUUAUUUAUACAGCUCUUCCAUAACUCGAGACGUAAGCCCUUAUGGGAUCCACUCGUAACCAUCUUUGCAGCUCUUCUACGUAUCGCUCGCGUGCGAGUCCCGCACCAGUUAGAAGAUGUCAGAUUUAAAGGAACAGUUGCCUCCAAAUACUGUUGUGACUUUUGUUUUGUUUCAUAUUAAACGGAAAUAAAUAUACGCAGUUUUCCAUAAGGGAGGCAAUAUGGCGCCUUUCCAGCGACCUUUCUCUACGCCACGUUAAAUGUACGAAGCAUAUGAUAGGAGGUAAGUGUUUGGGCUGCAUUAGAUAUAUCUCAAAUGAUGGGAAUCGCUGUCCCUUUACAAAAAUUCAGAAUAAGCAGCCAAUCAGGAAGAGAAGUGAAAUGCAUUGUGGAGCGUAUUCUAAGCACGGGAGACAGGCAUGGUGGAAAUGUAUUAUGAUAAAUAAGGACUACAACUCCCAUGAUGUUCAGUAUUGAAGCAACAUCUGUAUUUCCAUAGCUAAUUAAGGAUCAUGGGAAUUUUAGUGCAUUUAUGGAUGCCGAGGACACUCCGUGAAAUGACGCACGUCAUGAUUUCAUGCCGAAUGUUUGUAUAUUUUUGUAGUAAACAUAUUUAUGUUCA